UGGACCGACAAGGUCAGGUGGAAUCAUGUGCUUCAGAUGUGGAGUCCUGUCACUGAUCAUUCUGCUGUUUAUUCCAGUUUCAGGUUCUCUGGGUCAGAGAGUGACCAUGUCCUGCAGGCCUCAGACUGUCUGCGCUCUGAGAGAAUCAGCAGUGCACCUGAUCUGCUCUUAUUCAACCACCAUCAAACCUCAGCAGAUCUUCUGGUUCAGCCCCAAAGAAAGGGCUAAAUGGAGGAAUGAGGACGAUCCAGAGGAUUUAGCUUUAGACUCAGACUACGCAGGACGAGUGAGAUACACUGAGACUCAGUCCAGCUCCACUCUCACAAUAACAGACCUGAGAGAGAGAGACUCAGGAGAAUAUCAGCUCAUGGUCAUCACAGGAGGAGGAGAGAGAUCUAACAGCUCGGCAUUCAGACUGACAGUUACAGACCUGCAGGUGAGGGUGGAUCCUGACACUGUACAGCCGAGAAAACUGACCUGUAUCACGUCCUGCACUUUGACUUCUGCAUCUUAUUACUGGUCUAAAAAUGGAGGAAGAAUCAGUGGGAAAACCAGCCAGAGCACUUGGGUUUCAUCCAGUGAUCCUGGCAGUUACUCCUGCUCUGUUGUCACAGGAAGCCAUGAAAUCUACUCCAGCAGUGUGUGCGUUUUUGGUGAGAACUGUUGGAAUGUGAGCUACUCAGACAGAAGACUGUGUGCUGUGGAGGGAUCAUCAGUGGACUUUCUCUGCACUUACUCACAUCCCAGUCGUCUCACAGUUAAUGAAGCUUUCUGGCAUUACGAGCCUGGAACGAACCCGAAGGAUCUGAGUCUGGACGAGCGGUUUGCUGGUCGAGUAGAGUUUCUCGGGGACAAACAGGGAAACUGCAGUCUGAGAAUGAGAGACGUGAGAAAGAACGACUCUGGAGAAUAUCACUUUAGAUUUAUUACCAACACUGACGGAUUCUUUGGUAAACCUGGAGUCAUUCUGAAUGUUACAGACCUUCAGGUGAGUUCAGGUCCAAGCAGUCCAUCACAAAGUCAGACCAUAACACUGUCCUGUAGCUCCACCUGCACUGUGCCCAACAACCCCACUUACAUCUGGUCCAAGAACAGAGAGCCUGUAACCAACAAACCCACCAAAUACAACAAGCUCUACCUGGAGUCAGCGAGCAGUGAAGAUAUACGCCAGUAUUCUUGUGCUUUAGGAAGCAGAGCAGGUCUAGAACGCAGUAUAAUGCUGAUGCUCAUCGCUGUGACCAUUGUGGCCGUAAUAGUCAUUGUAAUAAUCAUUGGAUCAGUGUGGAAGUGUUUUGUGGUCAGGAGGAGGAGAACCGCAGAGCGAGACAUGGCUGUCCAGACUCCGAAGCCUGGAGACGAUACAUACACAGCUCUGAACCCGGUUACCAUGUCCUCCUCAGAUUACGACACUCUGACAAAUGUUACAGGCGCUCCCAGUGACACAUACUCAACCCUCAACCCUGCAACCCUGGAGUCUGAUUAUGACACCCUGACACAUUGUACUGGCUCUCGUAAUAAUUGGCGUUGAAUCCUACAUUGUUAUUAUGAGACUCUCAGGACAGACUCAGCAGAGACUGUACAUCAAGUCUGCAUUUGUAUUUAUUAAGAAGAUCAUUACAGAUAUUCUGGGUACUUUGUAUCACUUUGGAUUCCAUUGUGUGCAUUUUAUAAGCCACCAUUGAUAAGAGUGUCUUCUAAAUAAAUACAUUUAAAUAUAUAAUUGAUAUAUG